AUGCAGAGCAUAGGCAGGACCAUUGGGGAUGAUCAAAAUGGAGAAAAGGUGAGAUGCCCCUCGUCGUUAGUGGGGAGGUUGAAAAUACCCCAAGAAAAGGAGAAUGAAGUGAUUAACGAACGGAACAUGAUGCCGGAUAUCCCCAACUACUCCCUGCGCGAAGAGUCCGAGUGCCCCCUGAACAGAAAGAGAGACGUUUCUUCGAUCCCAAAAAAUACAAAAGAAAAUUGGCUCUACCCCUCUCCACAGCAAUUUUACAAUUCCCUAAUUAGGAAGAAUAAACAUAUUGACAGAAAUUACAUCGAUGCUGUGGUGACUGUUCACAACGAAGUUAAUGAGGAAUCCUGGAGAAAUAUCCUAAAAUAUGAAUACCUGCACAGGAGCAAAUGCAGCGAAGUCACUCUGCAGCGAUUUCUUGGAAAGUUUGACGACCUCUCGGUGAAGGCCAAAUUCAGGAGCAUUUUCUCCAAGCUAGGCAAGCCAUUUGACAGACACGACUGGUAUGUGAAUAGGUGCGGUAAGGAGGUGAAGUACAUUUUGGAUUAUUACAACGAUGAGUCUAUACAGGACGACAAAAAUAUUUACAUUGACGUGAGGCCUGCCCUGAACAGCUUCUCAAACAUCUGGGACCGAAUACGUUACCCAUUUUAUGAAUUUUAUUUUAAGCAUGUCAAGCGGUACGAGUUGUUUAGGUGA